CGCGGCGUGCGUCGGAGCUGCAGAGAGACACAGGAAGGGGGAAGAUGGUGGUGGUGGAUGUGGGGGAGUUCGGGGAGGAGGGCUUCGAUCCGAAGCGAUGGAUCAACGCGGCGCUGGAGUCGCGCCACCCGCAGGACCCCCUCGACCGCUACCUCUCCGACCUCGAGGAGAACCUCCGCACUUCCGCCGACAAGAUCGCCGACGCCCUUGACCGCGAGAGCGCCGACGCCCUCCGCCGCGUCCCGCUUGCCUGCCGCGACGUCCUCCGCCUCCGCGAUGACGCCCUUUCCCUCCGCUCCCUCGUCUCCUCCAUCCUCCUCGCCCUCAGCAAGGCUGAAGGCACUUCUGCUGAGUCUAUAGCUGCUAUUGCUAAGAUUGAUAUCGUCAAGCAGCGGAUGGAAGCAGCAUAUGAGACGCUGCAGGAUGCUGCUGGCUUGACACAAUUGAGUGCCAGUGUGGAGGAUGUUUUUGCAAGUGGGGAUCUUCCACGGGCAGCAGAAACCUUGGCCAACAUGAGGCAUUGCUUGUCAGCUGUUGGCGAGGUUGCAGAAUUUGCUAAUGUGAGGAAGCAACUUGAAGUCCUGGAAGACAGGCUAGAAGAAAUGGUCCAACCUCGUCUAUUUGAUGCUCUUCAAAAUCGCAAGGUUGACGCUGUUCAAGAUUUACGGCGAAUACUUGUUCGUAUUGGAAGAUUCAAGUCGUUGGAAUUGCAGUAUAUUAAGUUGGGCAUCAAGCCCUUGAAAAAACUCUGGGAAAGGUUUGACUCAAGACAACAAGCUCACAGGCUUGAAACAGAAAAGCAUCAUGAAUAUACAAAUCCUAUUUCUUUUUCUAGCUGGUUACCAAGUUUCUAUGAUGAGGUUCUGCUUUACCUCGAACAAGAGUGGAAGUGGUGCAUGAAUGCUUUACCUGAUGAUUAUUUUUCUCUUGUUCCAAAACUGCUAAUGGAGACCAUGUCCGAUUUGAACGCAAGUUUUGUGGCUUGUAUCAACCUUUCAACUGGUGACGUUGUUCCUGAAACCAAAGCAUUGAGUAAAGGUAUAACAGACAUCCUGUCUGGAGACGUGCCAAAGGGUACUAAAAUAUUAAGCAGGCAUCUUGAGUCUCUAAUUGAACUGCACAACAUGACUGGAGCUUUUGCAAAGAAUAUUCAGCAUUUAUUUUCAGAAUCUGAUCUUCACAUUCUAUUAAAAACUUUGAAGGCUGUUUAUUCUCCUUAUGAAACCUUUAAACUGAAGUAUGGUCAAAUGGAACGUGCUAUCCUUUCUUCUGAGAUUGCUGGAAUAGAUAUCCGUGGCGCUGUUGCACGAGGUGUGGGCGCACAAGGUAUAGAACUCAGUGAAACAGUUCGAAGAAUGGAGGAAUCUAUCCCACAAACUAUUGUUUUUCUCGAAGCAGCCAUUGAAAGAUGCAUUAACUUCACUGGUGGUUCUGAGGCUGAUGAGCUUAUACUGGCCCUUGAUGACAUAAUGCUUCAAUAUCUUUCGAAUUUGCAAGAUACAUUAAAAUCAUUGAGAACUAUAUGUGGGGUUGAUAGUCCUGCACAAAGUGAUGGUCUUAAAAAGGAAGGAGCAGCACGGGUUGUUGAUAUGGUCUCAGAAGAGGAGGAGUGGUCUAUUGUCCAAGGAUCUUUACAGAUUCUUACUGUUGCUGAUUGCCUAACGAGCAGAACAUCUGUUUUCGAAGCUUCUUUACGAGCUACUCUAGCUAGGAUUGGCACAACCCUGUCUCUUUCUGUAUUUGGAUCAAGUUUGGAGCAAUCGCAUGUAGCUGUCACUGGUGAGAAUGAUGUAAACCUUGCAACAAGGGCAGGUUUGGAUGUGGCAGCUCUGCGCCUUGCUGAUGCACCUGAUAAAGCUAGGAAGCUUUUUAAUCUUCUGGAGCAGUCAAAAGAUCCAAGGUUUCAUGCCCUUCCUCUCACCUCCCAAAGGGUGGCAGCAUUUUCUGAUACGGUAAAUGAGCUUGUUUAUGACGUUCUUAUAUCAAAAGUGCGGCAACGUCUAAGUGACGUAUCACGGCUGCCAAUCUGGUCAUCAGUAGAGGAGCAAAGUUCUCUUCCCCUCCCAAGCUUUAGCGCCUAUCCACAGGCCUAUGUCACUAGUGUGGGAGAAUAUCUUCUUACUUUGCCACAGCAGUUAGAGCCACUGGCUGAAGGUAUCUCGAGCAGUGAGUCCGGAACCGAGGAAGCCCAAUUUUUUGCUACAGAAUGGAUGUUCAAGGUGGCCGAGGGUGCAACUGCCCUUUUCAUGGAGCAGCUGCGAGGAAUUCAAUACAUUAGUGAUAGAGGUGCUCAGCAGCUAUCGGCUGAUAUCGAGUACUUGAGCAACGUCCUCUCAGCUCUCUCCAUGGCCAUCCCCCCAUUUCUGGCAACAUUCCACACAUGCCUCGCAACUCCAAGAGACCUGCUUCCCGCUUUCCUCAAGUCGGAUGGAGGAAGCCAGCUUGACAUUCCAACUGCUCACCUGGUUUGCAAGAUCCGUCGUAUUCCUUUAGAUCAGUGACUUUGCGUCGGAUUCCUUUAGCUCAGUGACUUUGCACCGCCUUAUGUCUUUUUGCUAAGAUUACUGGCUGCGACUUUUUUUCUUUCUCAAGUAUUUUUCUGACAUUGUAUUCUAUUAUAGGUUGCAAAUCAAACUGAACGAUGAAUGAUGGCUCUUCUUUUUUUUUUGGUAUGUUUGCUUAGGUCAUGGACGUAUGACCAUUUUCUCUGCUCUGCUGCGGAAGAAAGCAUUGCUUAUUGUACAGAUGAGCCUCUUAGUGCGCAUGAAUCCAUAAUUUGAUACUUGAAUUA